GCGACAACCUCCAUGGCGCCGCAGCAGCAGAUGAUGAUGACCGACGCGAUGGACUCGUUCCUGCAGCAGCAGUUCGAGGCCUCGCCCCGCGCUGCUCACGGCGCGCCGACCGCCGCAUCGCCAACCGUCGUCCUCGGUAUGGACGAGACGCAAGCCAUCGCCGACACGCUGCGCUCGCGCAAGACGCACCGCGACGCCAUCGAGAUGGAGCGGCGCGUCGAGUACUUUCGCGGCAAGGACGUCCGCCGCUGCUUCCCGGGCGCGGCGCCCGACACGAUCGAGAGCUACGGCCACUCGCUGCUCUACCACGGCUUUAUCCACCGCUCCGAGAAGGUUGCGGCGGCCAAGAAGCUCAAGGGCGCGCCGACGACACUCGCGAUUGCAAAGGACCAGUCGUUCGCGACCGACGGCUUGUACACGUGGAUGUACGAAGGCUCGGCGACGCUUCGCAACGUGCUCACGGUCGUUUUGGUCUGCUUUGCGGGCCUCUGCACGCUCUACCCGCUCUGGCCGCACUGGGCGCAAUCGGCCGUCUGGAACAGCGGCGUCACGCUGGCGCUUGCGAGUACAGCCGUAGGAUGUGUGCGCGUGAGCGUCUGGCUCGGGAUCUGGCUCGCUACGGGACGCCACGUAUGGUUUCUCCCCAACUUUCCGCUGCUCACGUCGCCGCUUCUUGAAGAAGGCAAGGCGCCGGUCGGGUCGACGACCAAGCGCCUGCUGGUGGCAACGGCCCUUUUGGCGAUCGCAGCCUACUUUGUCUAUUACCCCAUGUCGUUCGGGAAGCGUGGCGCUCUCGGCUUGGGCCGGCAGCUCGUGCGCGAAGCGUACAAGGGCACGGUCCUCAACCGCUUCUCCCAGCAAGAGAAGGAUCUUGUCUACUCGAUCUUUCGCGUCCUCCGGCGCUUGCUCGUGUAACAUCAUCCCGUUGUUGGAUGUAUAUUUAGCAUAACCCAUCAUGUACUCUAUACUUGUUUCCGU